AUGAUAAAAUUGAUAAUAUACUUUUUAUUAUUAAGUACAGCCUUAGGAAUUUAUAGUGAUGCUGAUGUGUUUUUUUGUUAUGAUGAUGUGACUGACGAGGAACUUUCUGAAAAGAUUAAAGUGUAGCCAUUAGAUCAAUAUAUAUUUUUGAUAGUUUGUAUUUGAAGAGUGUUAUCAACAAUUAGCUCCAUUAGCAUUUAUGUGUACUAUGUUCAUCACAUACAGUUUUAUUAAGUAUCCAAAUACAAGGAAGAUGCCUGGAGAUAUAGUUUUCUUUAUAUCUUUAUCUGAUGCAAUAUUGUGUAUACAUUGGUUUUUGACUGCUUGUUAUUACACUACAUUUGGUGAAAAUCCAUUGAGUUCAGGUCCAUUUUGUUAGAUUAAUUCAAUGUUUAGUAUAUUUGCAGGAACUGGAGAAGUUUCUUAUAAUGUUGUAUUUUGUAUAUACAUUCGAUUAACCCUAAAAAAUCAAUUUAAAGUAAUACCUAAAUUGCCUAUAAUUUUACAUUCAUUGGCAUGGAUAGCAAUGAUUACAAUACCACUAUUAGCUAAAUUUACUCAUAAUAAUGGUCUUUCAAUAUUUGGAACUUGUAGUUUCAAGUAUCAUCCAGGAUUUCCUUUAGCUGGUAUAGUAUUAGUCUUCUUAUAUACUCUGAUUUCAUUAUAUACAAUAUGGUAUUUCAAUAAAGCCAUUCCUGAUGAUGAAAAAUACAGACAAAUCAAAGAUACUUUUGCAAAAUACUAUUAUCGUUACAUAAAAGGUUCAUGUAUAAUAUGGACAUGUGAAGCAAUAUCAUUUACUAUUGCUGGUUUUAAUUGUUCAUAUUUUCAUGAAGGAUUUCUUCUCAUUUUUAUAACCAUAGGAAAUUCUGCUAAAUUAUGUACACCAGUAGUGUUAUCUAUUUUAAGAUAUAAUGAUCCUACUAUUAAAGAAUAAGUUAAAAGAUUAUGGAGAAAAGUUUGGAGAAGAGAUAAUGUCUAAAGUGAAUUACGUAAAUAUUAUUAAUGAUAUAAUUUUAGUGGAAGAUGAUGCUAAUUUUUAUGAUAAUAUCCAUUAAAAUCUUAAAUUUGAUUAAGUUAAUACAAUUAUAUUUGGUAUAAGAGCUGUUUGUAAAUCAGAUCUAUAAUUAGAUACAGAAGAAUUUGAUCAUAUUAAUAUUCUUAGAAGAUAUACAGAUUUUAAAUUCUAGAAUGAUUCUAUAUCUAAUAGUGAUAAUAUCAAAUUGAAAACUAAUUAUAAUUUAACUACUGAUGAUUUUAUUGAAGAAAUUCUUUAUGAAAUUGAUAAUAAAGGAACUCAGAAUGAAAAAGCAAUUGAUUUAAAAUUAUUACAAUCUACUUUGACUGUCUAUGCACCAACUAUUUUCUAGAAAAUUAGAGAUAAAGAUAAAAAAAUGAUUAAUCAUUUAAAAUCAUUUGAUCUAUUGGCUAAUUAAGAAUAAAUUAAAUAAUUUAAAGGACCAGAUGGAGGCAAGGGAGGUGCUUUCUUCUUUUUUACUCAUGAUAAUAAAUUAAUCAUUAAAACUUUAUCUGAUCAAGAAUUAGCAGUAAUUAGAAAGAAUCUUAUUCCAUACUUUUUACAUUUAAGUGAAAAUGAAACAAUCAUUUCUCCUAUCUAUGGUAUAUAUAAAUUAUUUAGAUAAAAUGUAUAAUAUUUUAUAUUAUAAAUAUAGGUUGAAGAAUCUAUUAAUGUAGUAGUAAUGAGAAAUGCUAUGCAAAUACCAUCAAUGUAUAGAAUUAGAACUUAUGAUAUAAAAGGAUCUGAACAUUCAAGAUAAGUGUUAAAGAAAAAUAAAAAAGCAAGUGAAGUUGAAUUAAAGAAAAUUACAUUAAAAGAUAUUGAUUUUCAAAAUUUAGAAUAAUAAUUACAUAUACCAUAAUAAUAUAGAGAGAGAUUGAGAAAAUGUUUGAUUAAUGAUGCUAACUUUUUUAGUAAAAUUAAAUUAAUGGAUUAUUCAUUAUUGAUUAUUAAAAUGGAUUGGUAUACAUAUAGUUAGAAUAAUUCAAAUAUCAAAGAAGUAGAAGUAAAAUUCAUAUCAUAUAUAUAUAAAAGAUACCUAAUUAUUUUUCAUCUGAUUUGUAAUGUAUACCAUGUAUAAAUGCUGUUGAAAGAGGAAUUUAUUAUCAUAUAGCUAUUAUUGAUUAUUUGUAAGAGUGGAAUGCUUAAAAAAUAAUUGAAAAACAUACUAAAAAGGCUAUUCAUGCAAAUAUUGCUUUAGACACUUCUGCUUAAAAUCCAGAAGAUUAUGCUAAAAGAUUUAUAGAGAAAGUUGCAUAUGUAAUUAUAUGA